GGCGGAGCCUGGGCUGUCCACAGGCUCUGUUAGGGUUCCAGGGGGCGUAGGCGCUGGCAGUGACAACACGCCAUGGAGACUAACGGGUCCGGCCCCAAGGGUUUUCCGGAGCUGAAGAAUGACACUUUCCUUCGAGCAGCCUGGGGGGAGGAAACGGACUACACUCCGGUCUGGUGCAUGCGGCAGGCAGGCCGCUACCUACCAGAGUUUAGGGAAACGCGGGCUGCCCAGGACUUUUUCAGCACCUGCCGCUCUCCUGAGGCUUGCUGUGAACUGACUCUGCAGCCCCUGCGGCGCUUUCCUCUGGAUGCUGCCAUUAUCUUCUCCGACAUCCUUGUAGUACCCCAGGCACUGGGCAUGGAAGUGACCAUGGUACCUGGGAAAGGACCCAGUUUCCCAGAGCCAUUAAGAGAAGAGCAAGACCUGGAGCGCCUACGGGAUCCAGCAACAGUGGCCUCUGAGCUGGGCUACGUGUUCCAGGCCAUCACCCUGACCCGGCAGCGGCUGGCUGGCCGUGUACCACUGAUUGGCUUUGCUGGUGCCCCGUGGACUCUGAUGACAUACAUGGUGGAAGGUGGCAGCUCAAGCACCAUGUCUCAGGCUAAGCGCUGGCUCUACCAAAGGCCUCAGGCCAGCCACCGGCUGCUUCGCCUCCUCACUGAUGCUCUGGUGCCCUAUCUGGUAGGACAAGUGGCUGCUGGUGCCCAGGCACUGCAGCUCUUUGAGUCCCAUGCAGGGCAUCUUGGCCCACAGCUCUUCAACGAGUUUGCGUUGCCCUAUAUCCGCGAUGUGGCCAAGCGAGUGAAGGCUGGACUACAGGAGGCAGGCCUUGCCCCAGUGCCCAUGAUCAUCUUUGCUAAGGAUGGACAUUUUGCACUGGAGGAGCUGGCACAGGCUGGCUAUGAGGUAAUUGGGCUUGACUGGACGCUGACCCCCAAGAAAGCCCGUGGCUCUGCUUCUAGGGAGCGCGUGGGGAAGACGGUGACCUUGCAGGGCAACCUAGACCCCUGUGCCCUGUACGCAUCCAAGGAAGAGAUCGGGCAGCUGGUUCAACAGAUGCUGGAUGGUUUUGGGCCACAGCGCUACAUUGCCAACCUUGGCCACGGGCUUUAUCCUGACAUGGACCCAGAGCAUGUGGGGGCCUUCGUGGAUGCCGUGCACAGACACUCACGGCUACUUCGGCAGAAUUAAGUACAGUCUUGCCACGUGCUGCUUCCGGGUGAUUGUUGUCAGAGAAUAAACGUCCAGAGUUGUGAUUUGUGAAA